GAGGCCCGCGUCGCGCAGGGGCGGCUUCAGAGCCGCCCUCUCCCACUCUGGCUGCGCGCGGGGGCUCAGCCCGGGGGCCUCUGUCCGGAGGACCCGCUGUGCUCUUGGCGCGUUCGCGGGCUGCCAGCAGCGCCGGCCUCCGCGGCUGAUGGAGGCGGGUGGCGCCGCCCUGGACGCAGGUGACACACACCAGGCCAGGGUUUCUGCUGGCGGGGGAGAGCGCAGGGAGGGCGAGACGCAGACACCCCGGGGGCAGGGGACGACAAGGCAGCGAUGGCCCGAGAGUUGAGCCAGGAGGCACUACUGGACUUUCUGUGUCAGGCUGGGGGCAGAGUGACCAACGCCGCCUUGCUGAGCCAUUUCAAGAGCUUUCUCCGAGACCCCGACGCGCCCCCCAGCCAGCACCAGCGCCGCCGGGAGCUCUUCAAGGGCUUCGUCAACUCAGUCGCCGCAGUGCGCCAGGACCCCGACGGCACCAAGUACGUGGUGCUCAAGAGGAGGUACAGGGACCUUUUGGGGGAGGAGGGGCUGCAGAGACCCCGCGACCCACCCGCAGCCGCCGCCCCUGCCGGGGGAGCUGCGCCCUGCUCCCCGCGAGGCGCGCGCCGGGGGGAGCCGCCGCCGCCGCAGCAGCCCAGGCGGCGUUGGCGCGAGAAGGAGCCAGAGGAGGAGCCAGCAGGUGCCGCAGCCCCAGCCGCGGACGCAGGUUGCAAUGGACUCCCGGCCAGCGGCACUCAGGCGGCGGCCCGGGGAGGCGGCGGGCGGAGGGGCAGCUCCGGCCACAGGGCACCGGUGCCCGCGGCUGCGGCGGCAGCUGCCCAGGCCGGAGCCAGGUGCGCGGCUGUGGAGACGCAGGGCCGCUGCUGCUGGGAAUGCCUCCAGAACGGCCUGGAGGGACUCCCGGGCGAACCGCUGCUCGGCGCAGUCCCGGACCCCGCCACCGCCGGGAAGAAGCCGCCGCGUGCCCAGGAUGACCGCGGCGCUCCCAGGCAGCAGCGGGAAGGCGCGCCUGCUGAGCCCGCACAGGUGCCCACAGCGCCGCGCUGGCCUCCCACAACCGUCGAGGCUGCUGGCAGCGGGGCUUCCCCGCCUGCUCUCCUGUCCCGCCUUACUCCUCCCGAAGACCCGCCCGAGCUAUUGACUCAGAGCUCUCUGUGUUAUUCGACCCUGCAGCAGCAGCAGCAGCGCACUCGAGAAUGGGUGGCCAGACACCCUCAGAUACCAGAGGCCCGGAACCAGGGCCCCAUCCGAGCCUGGUCGGUGCUGCCAGACAACUUCCCCCAGCUAACCUCGGAGCUGGGCUUCUGGGUCCAGGAACCUAAUUCAGUGCCGUCAGACCCCCCUCUUUCCUUGCAUUCUCUCUUUCCUGUUGUUCCGGAAUCCCUGACCGGGAACUCUCCAUUGACAGUCUUUCGUAGCAUUCGCUGUCAGCUGUCCCUCCAAGAUCUGGAUGACUUUGUGGACCAGGAGAGCCACAGUAGUGAGGAGAGCAGCACUGGGCCCAAAGAGUCCCCUGGAGGUUCUGAAGAGGGGCUGCAGGUUGCCCUGGGAACCCCAGAUUGGAGAAAGCUCAGGAAUCCAGCUCGGGGCCUUUCUGCAAAGGAGGGCAACCCCAGCAGGAGCCCUCGGGGCCUCAGAAACAGAGAUACUGCUCACAUCUCUCAGCAGGUCCCAACAGGGGCUAAUGGCCUUACAGGCCACCCCCAGGAGCCUUUGCCCUGGCCAGCUCCCAAGUUAAGGAGAUCCCACAGGAGGAGCUCUCAGGCAGGGAGAGCCAAAGUGUCCUCCUCUGAUGAGGAAUGCUUUGAGGAGGACUUGCUGAAAAGGAGUCGGCGCCCACCACGGUCCAGGAAGCCCUCCAAGGCAGGAGCACUGUUCAGCCCAAGGGUGGAUGCCGCUCUGACACUAAAACCUGCAGACAUUAAGGCUGCUGUUACUGAGCAGGGUCGGCCAUACAGCUCGUGGGCCCCGGGUGGGGAGGGGCCUGCAGCCUGGGUGCCACACAGACCUUCAGAGCACAAGUCAUCCCUGGUCCCCCUAGAUGCCAGGGAGCAUGAAUGGAUUGUGAAGCUUGCCAGUGGCUCUUGGAUUCAGGUGUUGACUUUAUUCUGGGAGGACCCCCAGCUGGCUUUGCACAAAGACUUCUUGACUGGGUACACUGCCUUGCACUGGAUAGCCAAGCAUGGUGACCUCAGGGCCCUUCAGGACUUGGUUGCAGGUGCACAGAAAGCAGGGAUCACCCUUGAUGUAAAUGUGAAGUCCAGUUGUGGGUAUACCCCUCUGCAUCUUGCAGCGAUUCAUGGCCACCAGGGAGUCAUCAAAUUGCUAGUGCAAAGGUUGGCUUCUAGGGUGAAUGUCCGGGACAGCAGUGGGAAGAAGCCGUGGCAGUAUCUGACCAGUAAUACGUCUGGGGAAAUAUGGCAGCUAUUGGGAGCCCCUAGGGGCAAGCCCAUUUUUCCUGUCUAUCCCUUAGUCCGAAGUUCUUCCCCCACCAGGAAGGCCAAGAGCCAGGAAAUAUCUAGAAAUGUCACCCGAAAGACUUCCUUAGCUGCACUACUCAAAAGUCAGCACAGCAAAUGGAAAUUGGCCAACCAGUAUGAGAAAUUUCCCACUCGAAGGGAAAGAGAAGAGUAUAGUGACUGAGGUGGACUCCUCUCUCUAACACACAGCCACCACGCCCCCAUCCUUGAGCUCUUCAGUGAGAGAAUUCAAGGGGAAUAGAAAAAUUGCUGAGGAUUUGGUAAAGGGAGAGGUCAAGUGAGAUGGCCUACCUAGUGUUUAUCUCCCUGGAUUUUAUGUCAGCACAUCUUGGACCUCAGAGGUCAUCCAAGCUUUCUGAUGGCUCAAGUCCUUGGGCCAGUGAAAUCUAGACAAGAGGCAGAGGGGGUACUUAAAACCCAGCAGGUGUUCUUCCUCUUCCCUGCCACCACGGGUCUGGGCACAGUAAGCCACAUUGUUUUCUGAAGCAGCAACCCCAGUCCUUGGCUAGAGAGGGAACAGAUGUCUAACAAGAAGCGACGCAAUUCGAGGAAUUGACGAAGCUCAAAUGAAAUCCUCUCUGCCUAGUAGCUCUCUGGCUUCUAUUCAUUUGGAGAAUAAAUCUUGGCUGAGAGUGGAAAGCACCAGGUUUGAAGUCAGAUGGCUCCUCUUCUUUUCUUUUUCCUUUUUGGCAUUCAAAUCGGUGAAAUAAAAUUAUUACUGGAGAGUAGAACUUAAUUUAGCCCAGUCCUCGGGUCUUCCUUUGAAUGCAACCUUCCUUUCAAUGGUGGCUAAUGUCUGAAAUGAUUAGUGCCUCAUCUGGGUCUCUUCUUCAUGAUCAGAGAAGCAGUUGGGUAAGAUCCAGUUAUGACCAACAUUCAGGCCCCCCUUUUUAAAAAUCAACCUAAGGGGAACUUUCCAAAUGUAAAAAGUGGGUGGCUCAUUUGCAUAGUGACUGAAACCAUCUUUCAUGGAAACUCCCUAUCUAACAAAGAGCAGAAUUAGCAUCAGUGGGCCAUCCCUGUGGCUUAGCGGUUAAGUGCGCGCACUCUGCUGCUGGCGGCCGGGGGUUCGGAUCCCGG